AGUCGCCAUUAAACGGUAGAUAGCGGUGACGUAUUGACUCCUUUUCACGCUCCUCUCUCUUUUCAAUCGAAGAAGAGGUUUCAGAUUCUCUCGCUCGCCAGAACCACCGCUCAGCUCGCCCGCCCGCCGUCCGUCGUUUUCCUAUUUCAGCACCGGUAGGCAAACCCUAACUCCUCUUCAAAUAACUUAUGAUUUGUAUUUAUCCCUCUUAGUAAUUCAAUUUCUAGGGUUUCCUUUUCUCCCCAUUUUAUUCCUCUUCAAUUUCCUAGGGUUUCACUAUCUCUCUUAAUAACUCGUAAUCUAAAAUUACGAGCUUAAUUAUGAUGCAAUAAGGUCGAUAGAUUACAAGGGUUUGUAUUUGAUUACUCAACCCUUUUCUUCUUAGAUCUAAAUUUGGGAAUUUUGGUGAAUUAAUUUGAAAUUAGGGUUUAUUGGGGGAAUUAAAGGUUUUUGAUUCGACUCGAUUAAUAAAUAGAAUUUGUUUCUAUAUUAUGGCGGCUGGGAGACAUGGAGGUUAUCGUGAUAAUGAAUUUUCGAAGAGGGACAUGGCUUUUUCUAAAGAGGAAUAUGAAACUAUUGGGAAUGGUAAUGGCGAAAAUGAGCGGGUUCUAGUUCGUGAUGUAAGAGAUAGAAGUAAGGUUAGACAGAAGGAUAUUAAAGAGAGAGAAGUAGUUGUUAAUGGUGGGUAUCGGUCCUCUUCUAGCAGGACUGAUUCAGGGGGUAGUGGUAGCAGUGGUAGUGGCGGUGGUGUGCGCAGUGAACCUAGGAGAUGUGAGUUUACUACUGUAGCUGAUAUAGAUAGGGAGCCGGGUGAAUUGUCUAGUGAAAGUGGGUCUGAUGAUGGCAAUGAGUCUGAAUUGCAGGUCAAAGAUAAAGAUAAAGGUAGAGAUAAUGGGGUUUCCAAAGUAAUAGGGAAUAGGAUUCAGACUCCUGCUGAGAAGAAGAGAAAGUUCUCCCCUAUAGUUUGGGAUAGAGAUGAUAAAGAAGCGACUUAUUUUUCCAAAAGUAGGGUUUCUCCGUCGGUUACUGCUCUCCCUCCACCACCACCUCUCCCUAAGGCAUACCGCAAAUCCCCCAAUGUUGUUCCGGAUGGGGCACUGGAGAUUUCUCCCAUUAAGAGUACCAAUAGCCAGAAGUUACAUUCAUCUCCACUGGUAAAGGGUACCAUGGCUGAAGGGGCUGUUAGGUUGACUGUAUCCGAGCCUCUUCACGAGUUGGAUGCCUUGCCUUUAGAGGAGCAACAAUUUGGUAAUGGCCGUGAAACUGAGCCGACAGAAGAUGAUGAUUAUGUACCAACACGGAAUAUAUCAUCUUCCAGAUGGGCAGGUGGUAACAAUUCUCCUGUUGAUGAAGGUGAAAUUGUAGAUGAUCAGGAAAGGCCUAAAAGAAGGAAAAAGAUGUCUCAUAUGGAGUCCUUGGAUUUAAGAGUACAGAAUAGAUCAUCGACUCCUGAUGUUGGCGAGCUUAGAAGGGAAGGUUCAGAAGGAGCUAAAGGGAAAUCAGUUGAAUCUGAUGAGCAAGGCGCUCAUACUAGGUCGUCAAGUGGGGAUGGUUAUCCUGGUAAUGAUACUGACAUGGAUGACUAUAUGGAAAUUGAUGAUGAGAAUAAUGCUUGCAAUAGCCAUUCUGAUACAGAUUCCGAGAACAGGAAUGAUUCUCAGGGAACAGCAGAACCUGCAGGUCCACCUCAAAGAAGCAUUAACAUGCUUCAGGGAUGUAGAAGUGUAGACGAGUUUGAGAGAUUAAAUAAAAUAGAUGAAGGCACUUAUGGUGUUGUAUAUAGAGCAAGAGAUAAAAAGACUGGAGAAGUUGUAGCAUUGAAGAAGGUCAAAAUGGAGAAAGAACGAGAAGGUUUUCCACUGACAUCUCUUAGGGAAAUAAACAUUCUUCUUUCAUUUCAUCACCCUUCAGUUGUUGAUGUAAAAGAAGUUGUUGUAGGGAGUAAUCUUGAUAGCAUUUUUAUGGCCAUGGAAUACAUGGAACAUGAUCUUAAAGGCCUAAUGGAGUCUAUGAAGCAGCCAUUUAGUCAGAGUGAAGUUAAAUGCUUAAUGCUCCAGUUAUUGGAGGGUGUCAAGUAUUUGCAUGAUAACUGGGUCUUACAUCGAGAUCUAAAGACAUCAAAUUUGCUUUUGAAUAAUCGAGGUGAGCUGAAGAUCUGUGACUUCGGGUUGGCUCGUCAAUAUGGGAGUCCGUUGAAACCAUAUACUCAAUUGGUUGUUACUCUUUGGUACAGGGCGCCUGAACUACUUUUGGGAGCUAAACAGUAUUCAACUGCAAUUGACAUGUGGUCACUAGGUUGUAUUAUGGCUGAACUAUUGUCAAAGGAAUCUCUUUUUAAUGGGAAAACAGAAUUUGACCAACUUGAUAAGAUUUUUCGAGUACUCGGUACACCAAAUGAGACAAUCUGGCCUGGUUUCUCUAAAUUGCCUGGUGUUAAGGUCAACUUUGUUAAGCACCAGUAUAACCUACUGCGUAAGAAAUUCCCAGCAACUUCUUUCACUGGCUCGCCGGUUCUUUCUGAUUCUGGAUUUGAUUUGUUGAAGAAACUUUUAACCUAUGACCCUGAGAAGCGAAUAAAUGCUGAAGCUGCCCUUAAUCAUGAGUGGUUUCGUGAAGUUCCGCUUCCCAAGUCUAAAGAUUUUAUGCCUACUUUCCCUGCUCAGCAUGCUCAAGACAGGCGUCUGCGGAGAAUGAUGAAGAGUCCAGAUCCUUUAGAGGAGCAGCGCAGAAAAGAGCUGAAACAAGCGGAAUUGGGGACCGGCGGCGGUUUAUUUGGCUAAAAGGUCUUGUCUAUUGAUUUCAUGUUGCGGUUUCCAAAUUACUGUCGCUGAGUGAACUGAAGUGCAAUACAAUCAUUCAUAUCUUUUUAACAGCCACCGCCUGGGUGGAGAAAAUAUUCGCCGCAGUGGGAGAUAUCAAUUGCCUUUCAUCUUGAAAGAUCAGUUUCAGGUGAAACUUAAUUAUGUAACAUAAUAUUUUGUUUAAUUGUAAGCAUUUUUAUUACACAGUGAGGACUGUCACCUGCUAUAAUCACUUCUGGUUUUGUGUUGCUUCUUA